AUGAACCCAAGCGACGACAAUGGUGAUGAUGAUGAUGACAAUGAUAGAUGCGACUUUCCAAGCCAGGAGCCCCUGCCAGAAUAUCGGUUGUCGACAGGCUCGAAUCCCGGCUCCAUCUUAAUGUGCUGGCCAUCGAAAGGCGGCAUAUACAGGCUUUCUAAUGUUCACAAUGUGCAGCGCCAGUUCCUUGGUUUCGACCGCCGUGUUGCCAAAAUCCUGCGACCUGAAGCCUCGGCAGAUGCGGAAGACGCCUUUUGCAAUCAGCUCCGGAAACUGGGUGCUCGAUGGUGGAAAAGCGAGUCUCCAUACGACUAUGAAUUCUUUGUGGACCAAUAUACCGGGCGACCUGCCCAAGAUAAGUCAGCGCUAUAUAUCGGCUGGCCAGCCUCGGGCGGUGUCUGGGCGCUCUCCAUGGAUUUCUGGGACGCGGCGGAGAAAGGUUACGGCGUCAUCUACAACUCUCUUACUAUGGAGGAGCAAUGUGAGAUGAUUGAAGAAUUCGGUGGCACAUUCUAUCAAGAUCCAAAAGACUGUCCAUACUUGGACCUCCCAGAGAAUGAACCAACCCCUUCCUAA